AUGGUCAACGCACUAUCUAUGAUCACCGCCCUCGCCGCCAUCGCUGGUGUGCAAGCCGCCUGCCCCAAAACGUGCUCUGUUGGCACUGCUAGUGGUAGCACUUGUACCUAUACCUGCACCCGCGCGUGCGCCAAUCUUGCUGCUGGUGACGCCCGGGACUCGUUCCUUGGAGCUUUGCAGGCCAGGGGGUAUUCCUGCUCUGGAAAGGGACUUACAGGUGUCAGCUGCAAGAAGACAGCCAACUUUGGUAGCUGCUAUGACCAUUACUGGUUGUGUGGCAAGAACUGUUAG